AGUCACAGCCAUCUGAUCGGAUCAUUGGCCUGUACAGGAACAGAUGUGCCCAGUGGCUGAAUAGAGGCCAAGCAGCAUUUCUUCAUCUUCCUGGGGAAAGCAGCUGUAAGGUGAACAAGAUGGCCUGGUGGAAAUCUUGGGUUGAGCAGGAGGGUGUCACCGUGAAGGGCAGCUCGCACUUCAACCCAGACCCUGACGCAGAGACCCUCUACAAGGCCAUGAAGGGGAUUGGGACCAACGAGCAGGCCAUCACCGACGUUCUCACUAAGAGAAGCAACGCGCAGAGGCAGCAGAUCGCCAAGUCCUUCAAGGCCCAGUUCGGCAAGGACCUCAUCGAGACCUUGAAGUCAGAACUGAGUGGCAAGUUUGAGAGACUCAUUGUGGCCCUCAUGUACCCACCAUACAGAUACGAGGCCAAGGAGCUGCACGAUGCCAUGAAGGGCUUGGGGACCAAAGAAGGGGUCAUCAUUGAGAUUCUGGCAUCUCGGACCAAGCACCAGCUGCGGGAGAUAAUGAAGGCAUACGAGGAGGACUACGGAUCCAGCCUGGAGGAAGAUAUCCAAGCAGACACAACUGGCUACCUGGAGCGGAUCCUAGUGUGUCUCCUGCAGGGAAGCAGAGAUGAUGUCAGCGGCUUUGUGGACCCAGGACUGGCUCUCCAAGAUGCACAGGCUCUGUAUGCAGCAGGCGAGAAGAUUCAUGGGACUGACGAGAUGAAAUUCAUCACUAUCCUGUGCACGCGCAGUGCCACUCACCUGAUGAGAGUGUUCGAGGAGUAUGAGAAAAUCGCCAACAAAAGCAUUGAGGACAGCAUCAAGAGCGAGACCCACGGCUCACUGGAGGAGGCCAUGCUCACCGUGGUGAAAUGUACCCGGAACCUCCACAGCUACUUUGCAGAGAGACUCUACUACGCCAUGAAGGGAGCAGGGACCCGUGAUGGGACACUGAUAAGGAACAUCGUUUCAAGGAGUGAGAUUGACUUAAACCUUAUCAAGGGCCAGUUCCAGAAGAUGUACGGCAAGACCCUCAGCAGCAUGAUUAUGAGUGAUACCAGCGGCGACUACAAGAAUGCCCUGCUGAACCUGGUGGGCAGCGACCCCUGAGGACAGCAAAGAAGGACAGCAGAGGCCAAGAAGCCAGAGCCCGGAAGACCUGCUUCCUCAGCCUUGGCCAUGGGUGAGGGUGGGGCGGGAGGGGAAACCGCAGCCAGCUUUUAGUCUUCUAUGCUUCCAACCCAGAGGCCGAGGCCAGCCUGGGUCUGUCCUCCCUCCUGCACCUCCACUCAUUUCCAGUCCAUGCACACCACCAACUCUAGCAUACCACUGGCUGGACAUAAACACCAGUAUAAAGGGGCCGGCAGGAGCUCGGAAGAGGGGGGCAGCAUUUCUUUCUCUCUCCAUGGAUGCUGCCCAGGUAUUACUAAUCAUAAAGUCACCUGGGCACAGGUUACAUAGAUGCCUUGACACCUACCCCAUCUACUGGACCCAGGGUCUCCCAGGAAGACACCAAGGAGCACGGAUUUCGAGCACGUAUCUUAGCUGAUAUGUGUUGUUAGCGGCAAACAGUGGGGGGGGGGGAAUAUUUUUGUUUUCGAGCACACCCCCGUGGGAACUGAGAAAGGAGCAUAUAUCUAUGCCAAAUGGGAUGUCUACAGCAUCCGCUCAGCAGCUUCCCUGGCAGACAAUUCUCAGACUGUCCUAAUGACAGAGCAAUUAGAUUAGACUACAAUCAAUGUCCUCGCCCAAGGACACUGUGGCCUAAGAGGCUCAGGCUUGCCUAGUCAUUAAACAGAACAGCUGUUCGUUCCUCCCAUGGUGAAGCUUGAGUCACAGGAGAGCGCCCGACCCUGCACGUGGCUUUUGUUCUCAGCCAGGAGCCCCUGAGCCUGGAGAAGCUGAGGGAAGUCUUUCUAAAUAUUUGUUGGGCUUUCAGAAUAAUAAACAUUUGUAUUUUCAAAA